CUGUUAUUUACAAACUCGUUCGCGGUGCCGUGCGGUUGUGUCUCGUGUGUGCUCUCCGUGAAAAGUUGUGUUUUUUCGUGAAAAUUCGUUUCGGACCGGGUGGAAAACUAGUGGCCGACCGUGCCCCGUCACAAUGGAAGUGAACUGUGAUGGAAUCCGGCAAAGUUUGCGCCAAUUGCGGGAGAUUUUCGACUGCCAACAGGUGGAGCCAUUUUUAAGGUUAUCCAAAAUCGCUUCGUCGGAUUUGGAUCGAUUGGUCGUCGUUUUGGGGCAGCUGCUGGAGGAUCCGAAUUACACAGAGGCCAUCGGGGACCGUUUCGGGAGCAUUUUGCUGCUGAUCGUCGCCAGCGCUUUUGGCGAUGUGGAAUGCGAAGAUGACAAGGAAGAGAGGAAGAAGGAGAGCAAUACAAAAACAGUGAAUCGCGAAGGUCACCGGCGAAAGUGCGUCGCGCUUUCAAAGUUGAUCAGCCGCUGUCCGGAUGUGUUGCGAUUCAGCAUUCAGUACUUCCGUCGGAAUCCAGCGCCAUUCCUAGCGGAAGACACCGUAGACUACACACCGACAUCGAAGCAGAAGAAGGUCGAACGGGAAGCGAUAACGGAUCUGGAACUGGUGCAGUGUUGCUAUCGGUUUCUAGCGGCGGAUCCGAUCUACUUCCGAUCGGUGUGGAACUGGUCGGAUUUUUUCCAGCAGUAUGGCACCCGGAUGGGAUGCAGUCGGCAGCAGUUCUACUACAAUCGGAUAUUGGCCCUGGUGAGCUGUAUGACGCAGAGCCAAAUCAGUCAGCUGUACCGGGAGUUGCCGCUGGAAGCGGUGGUUAGAGAGCAGUUGGAAAGCGUGGAAGAUGUGAGGACUCAGGGAUCAGAGACGGGGGAUGAGAAGCUAAAGACUGGCGAAAAAAUCAAGUGGAAUUUCCGAAGCAACGUGGUGACGAACGUUGGAGACGUGAUGCUGCCGAUAUUCGAUGCCGGCAAUUGCGAGUUCUUCCGUGGGCAGGACAAGGAACCGGACGAUUUAGUUGUGGUGGACUCGACGCGACUGAAUGUGAGAAGUUUGGCGCUGGGAGUUUCGUCCGGGAAAGCUAUCUGCCUAUCCGGACCUGUUGGCUGCGGAAAGACUUCAUUGGUAGAGUACUUGGCGAGGAAGACUGGUAGAAUUGCGCCCAAGACGCAGGAAAUGGAACGUCGUUUGAAAUCUGCCCUCAAGGAGAAGGGCAAGAAGCGCAAAUCGGGGAAGAUUGAAGCGGAGUUGGAUGUGGAUAUCCGGAAACUGAAGAAGGAAGCGCCGAAGAACGGAUUCCUCCGGAUUCAGCUAGGAGAUCAAACCGAUAGUAAGAUGCUGCUGGGUCAGUAUAGAUGCACCGAUACACCCGGGGAGUUCGUUUGGCAGCCGGGCGUUCUGACGCAGGCCGUUAUGAAUGGCUACUGGUUGCUGUUGGAGGAUUUGGAUUCUGCUACGCAAGACGUGUGCACUGUGCUCACGAAUCUGCUGGAGAACAACUAUCUGAGCGUGCCUGGAUUCCGGGAUUGCCUCCGUAUCGAACCGGGCUUUCAACUGUUUCUGACGCUUCGAACGCAGAAAUCCGGAACCAGUUCGGCGCAUAACACCUACACUCUGCUGGAAAAGUAUCUGUACACGGUCAAUGUUCUACCGUUGUCCCGACCGGAGCUGUGCUCGAUCAUUUGCACUAACUUCCCUAGGCUGAAAACCGUCGCCAGUCGAAUAGUGGACAUAUAUCUGACGUUCUCCAGCGGCUGUCAUUCGAUCGAAAGCGAUGAGAUCAGUGAGAACGUUAGCAUACUGGACGAGGAUCGCAAGGUACCAUUGCAGGGCCUCGAACCGGACGGAGAUGACGUUCUGCCGAGGUUCCAGUACGACAACAUUUCGUUGAGCAACUUGCCAACCUCGGGAAGACUGGUAUCGACUCGCGAUUUGAUCAAGCUUUGCCGUAGAUCGGAUCCGAGCUUCUCAGUAACCAGUUCGGAGUGCGCCUAUUUUGUGUUUCAAAACGCGGUGGAUAUCUUCUGUUCGCAUCUGCCAGCCGGCGAAGGCAAACGCAACUUGAUCGUUAGCAUUGGUGGCAAGAUCGGCAUCAAUAAAAGCCGUUGCGAUCACUUGUGCGAAGACUACAAACCGGACGUUAACGUUUCUACAGCCGAGGAGGUUAAGAUCGGUCGCGUUAACUUGAAACGCAAUUUGGGAGGAAGUUUCGGCGAUGAAAACGACGAAAACGAUCAGAGUUACACGCACAAGAAAAUCAAGCUGGAUAAGAACGCUUCUUCGACGGUGAAAACUCAAGAUUUCAAACUCCAGAACAAGGCACCUACGUUUUCCUUCACAAGACCGGCGUCCUGUCUCUUGGAGCGUAUUGCCGUUUCCGUUGCCCAGAACGAACCCAUCCUUUUGGUCGGCGAAACCGGCGUGGGCAAGACAAGCUCCAUUCAAUAUCUGGCCUACCAGACCCACCACAAGCUGGUCGUAGUCAACAUGAACAAUCAGUCCGACGUCUCCGAUCUAAUUGGAGGCUUCAAACCGGUGGAUUUGAGUUACGUCAUCACCCCGCUCCGGUACGAGUUCGAGUUCCUAUUCAACAAGACUUUCAACGCCCAGAAGAACGAAAAGUUCCUCACCAAUGUAAGCAUCUGCUACAACCGUGGCGAGUACAACGUCCUCGUCAAGCUGAUGCUCAAGAUCGCCGAAAAGGUGUUCACACGGAAGCAGGACGAACAGCUUCGCUUGGAAAAGGUCUAUGAAAAAUGGGCCACCCUACAGCAGAAGCUUCAAAAGCUCGAUUCCCAACUGCGCAACUCGGUUAACGUAUCGUUCGCCUUCAUCCCCGGCUCGUUGGUCAACUGUAUCCGCAAUGGCGAUUGGGUUCUGCUGGACGAAAUCAAUCUGGCCUCCACCGAAACCCUCGAAUGUCUCUCAACCAUUCUGGAACCGGAUGGCUCGAUCAUCCUCCUGGAGAAGGGCGAUUUUGUACCAGUCAAACGCCACCCGGAUUUCCGUAUUUUCUCCUGCAUGAACCCCAACACUGAUGUUGGCAAGAAAGACCUCCCGGUAGGCAUUCGUAAUCGCUUCACGGAAUUCUUCGUCGACGAACUUGUGGCCGAAAACGAUCUUCUCAUCCUGGUGAAUGACUACCUCAGCAGCACCGGUAUCCAAAAGGUUCGCAUCCUGAACACCGUAAAACUCUACCGCAGGUUGCGAUCCCUGUCCCAGCUUGAGCUCAAUGAUGGGCUCGGCAACAAGCCGGUCUUCUCGCUGCGAACCCUUUGUCGAGCACUCAGCAUCUGCAGCAAGAACCUUUGCGGUUCAAUCGAACGCAAUCUCUACGAAAGUUUUUGCCUCAGUUUCCUCACCCAGCUGGACCUCAAAUCGCACAAAACCGUGCUCACCUACAUCCAGAAAACACUCCUGAACGACGUCCACCAGGCGAUCUCCCAGCAGAUUCCACGCCCUCCGGAAGGCGAACAGCUCAACUUCGAAGGCUACUGGAUCGAGAAGGGUCCUCGCGAGGUCCAGGAAUGCGAAAGCUACAUCCUCACGGAAAGCGUGCGGAACAAUCUACGCGAUCUGGCCCGAAUCAUCUCGAUCGGAAAGCUUCCGGUUCUGCUACAGGGUCCGACCUCAGCCGGCAAGACCAGUCUGAUCGAGUACAUUGCCAAACGCAGCGGCAACGUCUGCCUUCGGAUCAACAACCACGAGCACACCGAUCUGCAGGAGUACAUCGGAACGUAUGUGGCGGACGUGACCGGAAAGUUGACCUUCAAGGAGGGAGUUUUGGUCGAAGCAAUGCGCAACGGCUUCUGGAUUAUUCUGGAUGAGCUUAAUCUCGCUCCGAGCGAUAUUCUAGAAGCGUUGAAUCGAGUGUUGGACGACAACCGAGAACUGUUCAUUCCGGAGACGCAGGUCGUAGUGAAGGCGCAUCCCAACUUCAUGCUGUUUGCCACCCAGAACCCUCCCGGAUUGUACGGUGGUCGCAAAAUGCUCUCCCGGGCGUUCAAGAAUCGUUUUGUGGAGCUGCACUUCUCCGAAAUCCCCCGCGAUGAACUGGAGGUUAUUCUUGAGAAGCGAUGCCUCAUCCCGAAGUCCUACGCCCAGAAGAUGGUGAAGGUCAUGUCGGAAUUGCAGCUGAAUCGUCGCAGUACGGCCAAGCAGAACUUCACGCUGCGCGAUCUGUUCCGAUGGGGCAAUCGUUACACCUAUGCCGAUAAAGCUCUCCUCGCGGACACCAGCUACGAUUGGAAUCAACACUUGAUCGACGAAGGCUAUCUGGUGCUGUCAUCGAAGGUUCGCAAUCUGUACGAAACCAAGAUCAUCGAAGAGGCCCUUUACACCCACUUCCGCAAGCGGGUCGCCGAGGACAAUCUGUUCAGUCUGAAGAAGGGCACUUCUAUGGUCACGCGAGGAAUUCUGGAACAACUGGAGAAGCAAACCGUCUACGAGAACAUUGUCUGGACUUUCGACAUGCGGCGGAUGGCUGUUUUGACCGCCAAGGCCCUAGAAUUCAACGAACCCGUGCUUUUGGUAGGCCCCACCGGAUGUGGCAAAACCACCAUCUGUCAAAUUUUGGCCACCAUCCGGGGGCGAAAUCUAAGAAUCCUGAACUGUCACAUGCAUACGGAGGGUGCAGACUUCCUUGGAGGUUUGAGACCUUUCCGCGAUUCUGAUGAUUCUGCGGAAAAAUACACCAAACAGCAGCUAUUCGAGUGGUCAGAUGGUCCGCUGGUCCUCUCAAUGGCCGAAGGUGGCUUCUUCCUGGCCGAUGAGAUAUCGCUCGCGGAAGACUCCGUCUUGGAGCGAUUGAAUUGCGUGCUGGAACCGGAAAGGACUCUGCUACUAGCGGAGAAAGGAGGAGUGACCGCCGAAGCAUCUGAAUUUGUCAUCACCGCUGCGGAAGGUUUUCAAUUUUUGGCCACCAUGAACCCGGGAGGAGAUUUUGGCAAGAAGGAAUUGUCGCCGGCGUUGAGGAAUCGACUGACGGAGAUCUGGUGCCGAGCAACCGAUUCCAAGGAAGAUUUGAUCCGGAUCGCCGAACACAUGCUGCGCAAAGGAAUGCCAAACUGCGAAACCGAUCCUCGUCAAGUGGCUGAAGUGAUCAUCAGCGUCGUGUUUGUGCUUAAGAACAAGGUCGACAAGCUAAACUUCAGUAUUCGUGAUGUGUUAGCCUGGGUUGGUUACUUGUGCAAGAAUCAGCAAAACCUGUCACUCGCCGAAUCGCUAAUCUACGGAUUAGAGACCGUCUUCUUGGAUUCCCUUGAGAUGUUACCCUACGAAACGUUCGACGAGAUUCUCGCUCUACGUAAGGAAAUCCUCUCGGUUCUGCACCUUCUGAUCAAGCAGCAUCUGAUGAUCAAGCAGUUCGAGCUCAAACGAGGAACGGCAGUUCAAUCGGACGAUACCACAUUCGGCAUCACCCCGUUUUUCAUCGAUCUCAAUCCAGAACAACGUGAUCGCAAAACUGAAUUUCUCUUCAGCGCCCCGACUACGCAGAAGAAUCUCUUCCGGUUGCUAUCCGCCCUCAGCUUGGACAAAGCGAUCCUCCUGGAAGGACCACCGGGUGUCGGUAAGACAUCCCUAGUCGAAAACCUCGCCCGCGCUGCAGGAUUUGCCAUCGUUCGAAUCAACCUGUGUGAGCAUACGGAUCUGGCCGAUCUGUUCGGAACCGAUCUCCCAGCCGACGACCAUUCCCUGGAGAUCGCUGAAGAAGAAGAUCAUCAUACGCAGAAAGCUUCCAAACUGGGGUCCUUUGUGUGGCGCGAUGGACCUCUUCUGGCUGCGCUGAAAGCGAAAAAUACCUGGAUUCUACUGGACGAACUGAACUUGGCACCGCAAAGUGUACUGGAGGGACUGAACGCGAUCCUCGAUCAUCGUGGUGAGGUGUUCAUAGCCGAAUUGAACAGAACUUUCAAGCUGGGCAAGAAGACGCGCAUCUUUGCGGCGCAAAACCCUUUGCGGCAGGGCGGUGGCCGUAAGGGUCUACCUCAAUCGUUCUUGAAUCGCUUCACCAAGGUCUAUCUGCGGAAACUCGAGCAGAGUGAUCUGCUGCAUGUCGUUGACGGAAAGUACGUGCAGAAGUUCGGCAAGAUCGGCGAGGAAAUGAUCGAUGACCUUGGAAGACGAUCAGGACCUGAUGCAAGCUUCUUUGACGUCUUAAAAGCACCAGAAGAUCAGACGAUCAAUUUUGACCUUGCCCAGAAAAUGGUGAUCUUCUCUGAAACGCUGGAAACUGGAAUCGCAAAUCUGGAGUUCGGGUACAAGGGAGGUCCCUUCGAGGCAAAUCUUCGAGAUAUUCUUCGAUGGUGUGAGCUAUUCUGCAACACCAAAACUGGAUUCUUCCGCAAGAAGUUCGCCAAUCGAGAAGACACGUUCCGCAACUUUUUGCUGGUUUUGUUCGAGAAGAUGAAGCUGGUGUACUACCAAAGAAUGCGAACCGACGUCGAUAAAACCUACAUCCUGUCAGCGUUUUCGCGUGUGUUCAGUUGCGAUGCCUUCCAAUUGGAAGCGCAAUCCGAAGACAUCGGGAUCUACUGGACUGAUAAUAAGCUUUACCUGGGCGAUUUGGUGGUGGAGAAGGUCAAUCGAUCGGACGAAAUGAACCCUUUGGCGUCCAAAACACAGAAAAGUUUCCCACUGCUGCUAGCGAGUCAGGUGGAGACGUUAAAGAACGUGGCCGAGUGUGUCCAGCUGGAGAAACCGGUGAUCCUGUGCGGUCCGAGCGACUGCGGCAAGACCAAAAUCAUCAAUCUGCUGACGACGCUGGGUAACAAGUUCUGCAACGUGGACACGAUCGACGACUCGGUUACCGGCAGCUUCCAACAGUUCGAUUUCAACCGACACCUGGAGGAAGUUUCGUCCAACGUGGAAGCGGUAGUGAUGGACGCCGUGAAGGACGGUGCACUGAGUGGGACUGCGGAAGGCCGAAAUCGUGUAGUGCAGUUGCUGGCGGUUUGGGAGAAAUACGCUCGGUUGAACGAUGGAAAAAUGGCAUUUACCGCCCAAAAUGUCCAAUCCGAGGAGUUGGUCCUUUUCCGAAAACGUCUAACCGCUCUGCAAGAUGUCAUCGCACUGCUAACAGCCCACAAAACCCCCAAUCACAAUCACGACCACCUUGGAUCUAUGGCUUCCGUUUUGCAAGUCUUGUCCAACAUAUCCAAACACGCCGAAACACUCAAUACCGGAGGUCACUUCGAGUGGGUCGACUCGAAGAUCGUCAAAUCCCUCAAACAUGGUCAGUACAUUUGCCUAGAGCACGUCAAUCUGUGUUCGUCUGCCAUUCUGGACCGGUUGAAUCCGAUCUUCGAGCCGGAUGGAAGUCUGUUGAUUUCGGAAAAGGGCGUCGACGGUAAUAACGAGUCGGAAUUGAUUCGCAAACAUGCCAACUUCCGAGCGUUUUUGACCCUAGACCCCAAGAACGGUGAAAUAUCCCGAGCUAUGCGUAAUCGUUGCAUCGAACUGGCUAUUCACAAGGAAGCCUAUAGGGAUGACGACUUAAAGCGGCUGGCCUUCGAGAGUGGAGUACGUCAAAAUUGGUUGAUCAACGUGAUUUUGGACAUUCACAAAGCCGUCAAGAAAAUCUCUGAGUUUAACCAAUUCGGCAUCGCUCACAUCGUGAAGUUUGCCUACCUGGUUGCUCAGAAUCAGAGAAUGGGAAUGACGGCAGAAAAAUGCCUGAUGAUCAGUGCUUUGGAGGUCUACGUGCGAUCGUCCAAUACAGACCUUCUCGGAUACGGUAUAGACUUCUACCGGAACGCCUUGAAAGAUGCGAUCAAAGAAGAAAUACGAAAGUCCAUCGUAACACCAAACUUGGUCAAUUACGACAACAUCUUGUUGAAGUCCAAUGAACUCACCAGUCUUCAAUUGAUCAAACUGCAAGCGGAACCCUUACUCUGCGUUCUGAGAUGUCACCUGAACGGGUUCGCGGAUAUUCCUGCAGCUUUGGCAGACAUUGCUGGCGCAUUCCACGAUCAAGCCGAAAUAAACUUGAGCAACUUGAAGUAUCUGUUCUAUUUCCUAUACGAAGCUUCGAGCUAUGGAGAUGCAAACUGCCGAAAAAUUUUCUUCGCCGAAUCGCUGAGGGCACUCCACAACGUUAAAAAGAUAGAACCCAAGAAAGAGGUGACUCCUACGGCGGAAAUUACUGUAGACCUAGAAGUUCAAGGGGGCAUGGGUCAAUGGAGACAAACUCCUCAAAGCCUCACUGAAUACCGCGAUCUGCAACACACCAAGCGAGAAAAAAUGGAAUUCGAGAUCGCUUCAUCCAUCGCGAUAGAUGAAGUACUACAACAGCUGAUUGAUUUGAACGAAAUUCUGUUCACUGCCGUUGGCAAGUUUGGCGGGGGAGACCAGCUUCCUUGGAAUCGAUCGCUUUUGCCAAGGAUUCGAGAAUAUCUGGAAGAUUCCUCCGUCGAACAGUAUCAACUGAGUGCAACCCUACUGUUGAACACAACCCUGAAAGCGAUCGAAGUCACUAGUGCUACCAAGUUGAGCAAAAUUGAUGUCCUGUCCUACUCGAAGGCAGUUCAUACGGAGAUCAUCAACGAUACGAUUGGCAACAAACUGAUUGCGCAGUUGUACGACUUUUUGAGCAGUUUUAAGCCGAUUAUGGAGAAAGCUCUCCGAGAAGUGACCCUGGAUCAGGACACUUACGCCAAAUUGGUCGGGUCGUAUUUGUGGAUCAACCGGUUGAUCGAUCUCUCCUGCCGUAGACUGUUCGUCAAUAAAGAGAUCGAUACGAGUCUUGUGGACUAUGUCACUUUGCACUUCCAAUGGAUCCAGAAACACUGCCUCUCUCUGUUGGAUGAUCAGAACUGUAGUCCGUUCCGUGCUCUGAAUGACUCCCUGCAAGAAUCUAUGCAGAGUUCGACACAUCCGCUUGCUAAGCAUAGGAAGCUUUAUGCCAAAACGUUCUCGUGUAGCUUACCAUUCUACAGCGAAGAGCAGGUAGAGCACUAUCAGCGCAUGAUGGAGUUCAACGAAAGUCUUCGGCUAUUCCCACGCUUAACGCGGUUGUACGACUAUGAAGAAUUCCUUCAGAAGGUGGCCCUGUUGAAUCACCCGAAAACAAUCGACAUGAGGCGAUCGCUUCUGGCCAACUCCAAGCAGCUCUUGUCAUUGGAUUUGGAUCAUCGAGAAGCUGAGACCAUGUUAAAUCAUGCCGAAUAUCAACAACUGAUGGAAUUGUGCCAAAUGUUCCAGGAAGAAAGCAACGAAGAUUCUGCAGAGCAGUUGAUUGCAGCAAUCGAAAAACUGAAUGAUUACCGGAAAUUUGUGGCUACUUAUGAAGCACCGGAGGAAUACAACCACAAAUUCCCAGUCGAAAUGAUGCCACUGUAUGAGUAUUUCCUCCUGAAGACACUAGGCCGCGACGCUGAAAUCAACUACGACUACGUUGCAAGCGUCCGUUCCUUAAAUCUAGACUCUCUCCGGCUUGUGAGACUUCAGGGUAAUUCGCAGCAUAGAUCAAUUCUCAAAAUGAGCAAACUACUUGAUGUUUUAAUCGAAUCCGAUGUAGAGUUGAGUGAUCUCCUGCGAGCCUUGCCAUCUGGUUUCUACAAGAACAUAACAACCUACCUCAAUCGGUUCCACCGAUUCAACUAUGUUUUCCAGAUGAACUCGUUGGCUAUCAAUCACAUCGUUUGCUAUCAGAACGAGACCGAAGCGAGCUAUGAGGCACAUCUAGAGCAAAUGUCCAAUCUGACGAUGCACGGUCCAGUGCUGACCAACAAUUGCCUAUCUAUCUUACUCAACAACAGUGGAGAACUGCGAUCGACUGGUUUGGGUGAACUUCCUGAAUGGCGAAAGACUUUGAAGACGUUACGUGAUACGAUCUGGACCAAUGCUACUGUACUAAGCAGAGAAUACGAUCAGUAUUCUGUGGGAUUGGAAACAGCUGUUGGUCAAGCUAAAAAGCUGCUCGUGGAGUAUGAAUGUGUUCAGAAAUGGUGCCAAGACGGUCAACGAAACGUUGAUAAUGAAAAGUUCCUCCAAGACUUUGAAUCGCUAGCUGAACAGCUAAAGAAACUUGUGAAAAAGUCUGCGGAUGUACGCGAGAAUUCUAGCUACGAAGAUCUUCGCACGAGUUCGAAUAGAAAUCUACAAUGGCAGUUAAGUUCAGCUUUAAAUUCGCUACGCGGAGCGAUCGAACUGAACCUUCUCGUUUUCCUACCGCUGCUUGAUCCAGUCGAGAAGAACGCCCUGAAAAAGGCGUACACCGACGAAGAUAUUCAGCACUACAAAACGCUGAUACAAGUGUACGACUACAUGGCGAUCACCAUGAACUACCGCCGUUUUGGUGAAGGCACCAAGCAGCUAUUUGUCAACCACCUCAAUUCACUAGAAGAGAAACGCAACAAACUUUGCCGGAAGGUAGCUCUGCGGCCCUCAGACAAUAUCUACACCGAUCUGGUCAAAGACGUCAACAACUUCCUGAUCUCCUGUUGCUAUCCGGGAACUAUUAGUGAACUGUUGAAGACCGCCUUACAGUGCCUGGAAUUCGAAGUGGAUACCAAAAACCCGAUCAAGAACUGUACCCACACCAAGGACUUCCAACUGCGUGUCAACGAAACGAUCAAGCAAAUCGAACUGUGGGUCAACAUUGCCGACAAGUUUGAACACCAUACGCUGAAGCGCUACCAAGCGUACUACCGGGACUUCUUGGAGCCACUUUGCUGCUCCAUUGCCACCCUAAAGUACGGAUUGAUCGGCAUGAAGCACUGUUUGAUCAUCAAGCGGGACUCGAUCGCUGUCAAGUCCAAUGGAGUGUUCUACGACUUGUCUGAAAAGGAUGCCUUGACGAAGAUUGUGGAAAAAUUCGUGCAGUUCCCAGCGGUGGAGACGAUCGAGUUGUUCGACGAGGAAGCCAGCGGACACAAAGUGAACGUUUAUUCCAUUUUGGAGAAGAUAGAUCAUAGCGAAAGCGGAUAUUUCCGACUGCUGAAAUCAAAACUGCAGGAGGUGAAGAAUGAUAUCACAUUGCGUGGAGGGAUCGGUGCUGAAGAAUUUGUGGACCUUGAUAAGAUCGUUAACGUGUGCAAUCAAGUUUGGCAGAAGCAGGAACACCUCAGACGGAAGAAGCAAGCCGAAGACGACAGCUUGUACCAGACGAAGAGUCAUUGUGACGAAGAGGACGAGGAAGUGAUAGCACAACGAGAAAUUGUUGAUUUGUUCCCGAACUAUGUAGACGAAGAUUUUGCGGAUUUCAUUCAAAACGAUACACUGGAACAGGUCAUCAAGAAAGACAGCGUCAAGAAAAAUCAAAAGUUGGCGGAAACUAUUACUGGCGAUGAUUACACGAUGAUCUGCGAAAGCUUCAUCUACCUGAUGAACAAAUUCUCAAAGUCGUAUUACUAUAAUCCGGAGACAGUUGCUGAUCUACCGGAGGCUAUUGCACCCGAUUUCAUUAGUCCCUUCCAGACGAAGAUCGCGAUUGUACAGCAAGUGUUGCAAAAAUACCAUUCGGCUUUGAACAGUAAACUGGAUGAAAGCUUUUAUCCAGGCUUGAGUUUUUUGGUCGGACUGGCUCAAGACAAGUAUGAGGAUUUAGAUUUGAAACGAUCCACUGCCGGCAAGUACAAUUUCUACAAAGAUUCCAACAUCGCAGAAGUGGUGCAGUGUGUCGAAGUGCUCAAGAAAAUAGAGGAUCGUGUUCAAAAACUACUGCAAGAAUGGCCCGAUCAUGCCGUCCUCAAGGACAUCAUACUGAUCUUGAACCGUAUUUAUUUGCUGCCUUCGACGGCUCCGAUCGUCCGGUUCAGCACGGGUCUACAGCUGUUGCGGCAGAAAAUCGACGAAUGGAACAGUGUAGCUCAUCGGCUGAACAAUCUACGUGAGUUAGAAGCAGACAUCGUAGAGUUCGUACACCGGUGGAUGCGUAUGGAGCUGCAAUACUGGAGAGAAUGUAUGAGUCAAACUCACGACAACGUGCGAUCCAAAGCGUACCGCUAUUGGUUCUUCAUGUAUAAUCUACUGCAUGAGUAUCUUCAAAGCGAUUCAAAGGCCAAGCUAGGCAAUCUACUGGACUACCGAAAGGUAGAACGUUGUUUCGGCGAGCAAGAACUGUUGGAGGAGGAAGAGGUUGAGGAAGGAACAGUCAAGAUCGACGAUCUGAUUCACGUUCUGAAGCAGUUCAUGGAAUCGUCCAACUACGCGGAAUAUACCACUCGUCUACGGAUUUUGAAAUCCUUCGAGCAGUAUCUCAUGUAUUUAAACUACGAAGACAACCGUAAGAAAGAAACCAUUAUCGCCGUAUUGCAUAACCUGCAUAUGUACUACGACCAAUUCUCCGACGAAAUAGAAGAGUUUAUUAGAACGAAACGCACACCAAUCGAGAAGAAACUGAAAGACUUCGUCAAGAUCGAAUCCUUCAACAAAGAUCUCUCGUACUUCAGUAUGCGUAACAACAUCGCAAGAGUCCAUCGGCAGCUGCACAAGUUCCUCAAAGAGUUUGAAACGGAGAUCAGAGCCAAGAUUCUACCGGUAUUCACCCCCAAAGACCCAGCCGCGGAGAUCAACGAUGCUGAACAACAAAAAGGCAAAAAUCUUCGAUCGGAAGCCAAGAUCACCUACUACAUGGUAGACGUGAAAAACUUCAUGGCAUCACUCAAACUGAAGGAAAAGUUCUCAAUCGCUAGCAUAUCACAGGACACCACACCAAAUCAAGAACUGCUGGCCAAGAUUGAUCGGUUCUUUGUUACCUCACGAACCGUAGUGAAGGAAGCGAUUCUGCAUGCGCCAUUCCCAGGUCUGAUCUACAAUCUGGACACCUUCAUGCAUGAUCAAAUCGAAUCGGUGGAGUAUCUCCGAGGAUUGGAAGUUGAUCGCAGCCAACCCCGUCCCAAGCAGAAGUCACAAGCCAAACAAAUUCUGAAUCAAAAACGUAAAGCGUUGUCCGACUUCUACAAGAGUUUGACCCAAUUGGGGUUGAGUUUCCGCAGCGGGUUGGUGGAAAACGCGAUCGAGUCGGAUCCGGUAGAUGUAGCGAUUAAACCAUUCUCAGCGGAAUUACUCGCGCACAACAGUAAGUACCGUAAGGUGGAUCAACAUAUCGUGUUCCUGAACGAUAAACUUAACCUGUACUAUGCAAAGUGUGUGUUCAAGAUCAAAAUGUUGACGAAGGUUCUGUUGCAACCGAAUCCAGACAUCGGGAAGAUCAACCUUGAAAGAAUCAAAGGAUUUGCUAUUGAUCUCUUCUUAACGGUUCAGGAUCAACGUAAGGAGCUGGGCAAAUCCGUUGCCAGUGUCUACGAGUUGAGAGAUCGUAUUCAGGAUCUCACGCAGCUUAGUGGAUGCCUGGAUUCAAAGAAGCGUGAAUUCGAUUUUGUUGCGAGCAGACGUAAGAUGAAUCAUAUGCGACACUGUACGAUCAAGGUCAGAUGUGUAUUGGAGCAAUUCUUACAGCUUCUCAGUUGUGCACCUGCAGAAGUCCAAGACGAGCUCAAAAUGCUAAAGAAUUCACACGAACUGACUCAGAAGACGAUGGAGCCGAUUGUGAAAGGAGCUAGCGAUGGCCUAAAGCAAGCUGUUCGACUUUGCGAAGAAUUGAAGAAAUGCGACGAAAACUACUUGACCGGAGAUCUCGUUCAAUCAAUGAACGAUCAAUUCAAAUGCAUGACUAACAUUCUUGACCAGUUGUGCGAACGCCUUAAGAUCGGCAAUUCCGAUGAACAUUCAGUGUAUGCUCAACCGAUUCUUAGCGUUCUGAAAAUAGUUAAAAAUGUCAUCGACGCAGAAGAUCACCCGGCCGCUGAAGAUCGCACAAACGAAGACAACCUGAACAACGAACUAGAAAACAUAAUCCAUUCGAUUUUGAUCGCAAUGCAACACAUUUACAAGAAGUACUCCACUGCGGCCCCUACGGAAUGUUCGGAUGCUCCGAAGGCACUCGAUGACGCUGAGGAAACCGAAAAUCACGAAUCAGAAUCGGAACUUCAAACGCAGCAUCUGAAGGAAAAGAUCAACGUGGACCUUCUGCAAGAUCUACAAACUCUUAGCAUUCGAAAGGUGGUCGGUAAAAUUGCCAAUAUACUCUCCAUGCUUGAACAAACAAAUCACUCCGCACCACAGUUCGUGACAAUGAUCCAAAAAAUUACUCGACUGGUGCCAAUUCUGGAGCAGUUCAACUUGCUGGUCGAGUAUUACUUGAUCCAACAGUUGGGAGCGCACAAAAUCAGCACAAAGAUGCUAUCGGUAAUGCUGACGGUGUUCAUUGAACUCGGUACCAAGGGCUUCUGCGUGCCGAAGGAUCUCCUAGAAGACGAACAAGAAGCAGGUGGGGAGCAACAGGAAGGAAACGAGCAAGGAGAGAAAUUUGGCUUCGAAGACGGCGAAGGUGGGAAGGAUGUUUCCAACAAGAUUGAAAGCGAAGAUCAGCUUGACGAUGCCAAGAAACCUGGGCAGGAGGACAAGAACGACGAAGAAGAGGAGAAGGACAACAAGGAAGAAAAGGGUAUCGAUAUGAGUGAAGAUUUUGACUCGAAGCUGCAGGAUGUGGAAAAACCGGAAGGUGAAGAUUCGGAAGAGGAAAAGGACGACGAGGAAGAUGCAGACAAGCAGAUGGGAGAAACAGAAGAAGGAGCGGAAAAGCUCGAUGAUCAGAUUUGGGGUGACGACGAGGAGAAAGAGGAAAAAGAUAAGGAAGAAGACAUGGAAGAGGAAGAUGGCAAAGGUUCUGGUGAAGCGGAUGACAAACAUAACAAUUUAGAUUCCGAGAAGGACAAGGCACCGGGAGAGGAAGAGGAGGGGUUGGAUGCGGUAGAUAAAGCGAUGGAUGACAAGAAAAAGGAGAAACCCAAAGACAUUGAAGACAUGGAAAACCAGGAAGGCGACGAAGAGCAAGAGAAUCCCCAUCACAAUGAGCUUGAAGAACCACCUCAACCGGAAGAUAUGGAUAUUGAUGAGGAGUUCAACCUUGAUAACGAUAACCGUCCAGAUAAUCAGAAGGAUGAAGACGAAAAUCAGGAAAAUCCAUUCGAUAUCGACAACAUGAAAGAUAAGGGAGAUGAAAAGGAUGAAGAAGAAACAGAAGCUAAGGAUGAUGAACAGAAGGAUUCCGAGAAAGAUCAGCAAAACGGCGAUGACUCCUCAGAUGAAGAACAGGAACAGGAGAAUCCAGAAGGUGCAGACAAGCUGGACGAUAAUGAAGUCAACCCAGAAGGUGAAGAAGAGCAAGAAAAGCAGGACGAUGAGGUUCAACAAAUUCCGGAAGAAAACAAAGAUGAACAACCAGCUGAACCAGAAGAACCCCAAUCAGAGGAAGGUGAGAAUCAGAAGAAGAAGCAGGAUGAAGCUCAUCAUGAAUCCAAGGAUAAACGAUCGGAAGAGGAUCGUAUUGAAGCGAUGCCCGAUAUAGAAAAUAAGGGCACCAGCGAUCAAGUGGCAAACGAAAAACCAGAGUCCAAACAGGAAAACGAAAUGGACGAGCAGGAUACCGGAGAAGAUAAAGAUGGAGUUGGACAAGCGGAGAACGAGCAAUCGGAAAGUGGUCAUCAAGGUAUUGCCGAAUCGAAGGAAACUCGUACAAAGCGUGACAAGAAUGAUCAGAAGCAGCAACAAGAGAAGCGACGCCAAGGCAAUACGGAUGAAGACAGAACAUUGGGUGAUCCGGAUAAGGCCGAGAAGAAGCGAUUGAAGACGGUAGAUGAGAUAAACAGGGAAGAUCGAGCGAACAAGGAAGAUGAAGUUGAAGAAGAUGAAGACAAGGAAGAUGAAUCGGAGGAAUAUCAGCACGUGAAGGACGCUAAACAAUCGGAUAAAACAACACUGGACAACGCAACUGAGGAGCAGUCCAAAAAGAUUCAACAUCAAGAGAACACCAAGGAGGACGAUGAACCAGAUGAAGAACAAGAGAAUGCGGAUGAGCUGAUGGAUGUCGAUGAACAGACGGAAGAAUUGGAAGAGACCGAUAAGCAACUGCUGGAAAGUGAGAAAAACGAAAAGAAGAAGGACAAACCGGCAAAGAAGGAUGAGAAUCAACGGGAAAAGGUCGAAACGUUGGAAAACGUUGAAGUGGAAGGGGAGACUGUUGACACAGCAGGGGUGCCAAGAGGAGCAGACACUACGGCGCAUACUAUUAUGGACAUUUUGAACGACAUGACGAUCCCGGAGGAACCCACCACAGCGGAAACGUUGGAGAUGCGAAAGAUGGUCGAGAAGGAAACCCUAGCCGUGAAUGCGGCUCAACCAGAUCACGAUGAUUUCGACCGGUGGCAACACAUUUCGAACAAGAUGCUUCCAAAUGCCCGCGAGCUGUGUGAGCAGCUUCGAUUGAUUUUGGAGCCCACCAAAUGUACGAGACUGAAGGGCGACUACCGGACGGGUCGUCGGAUCAACAUGAAGAAGAUCAUUCCCUACAUUGCCUCGCAAUUCCGCAAAGACAAGAUCUGGCUUCGUAGGACGAAAGCUGCACAGCGUGACUACAAGAUCACAAUCGCUGUGGACGACUCCAAGUCGAUGGAUCACAACAAUUCCAAAGAUCUGACGUUGCAAGCCAUUUCGCUGGUUUCGCAGGCAUUGACUUUGUUGGAAAGCGGUCGUCUGAAUGUGAUGUCGUUUGGAGAGUCACCGAAAAUUUUGCUGAAGCAUUCCGAGCAGUUCGAUGGCGCCAAGUUGAUCAACUCGCUGAACUUUGAGCAAAAUCAAAGCCGAAUCGCCGAGUUGUUGGACUUUGUAAGGACGUUCAAUGCAGAGGAUACAUCGUCGUCGGAUAACGGCAUUUUCGAAAAUUUGCUACUGGUGUUGAGCGAUGGUCGUAACAUUUUCAGCGAAGGCGAGAAGAAGGUGAAAAACUCGGUUAAAUUGGCUCGUUUGCAGAGGAUAUUCGUCGUUUAUGUGAUCAUUGAUAACCCUGAGAACAAGCACUCCAUCAUGGAUAUCCGAGUACCGUUGUUCACCGCGGAUCGAAACCAGAUUGUGAUGCAAUCCUACUUGGACGUGUUCCCAUUCCCAUACUACGUGAUCGUUCGAGAUCUCGGCCAAUUGCCAUUGGUGUUGAGUGAUGCCAUGCGGCAGUGGUUCGAGCUGGUCAACAGCGAGCAGUAAGGGUAACAGUUUUUAAAAGCUAGUAAAGUCAUUUGUGUUAUUUCAUUAUUAUUACUGAUAAAAAUAUUUACGAUUGUUCCACUGUAAAUACAAUUUGAAUUAGAUCGCAUUUCAAUAUGUUAUGUUGAAGUACUAGAAGCAGAACUUUGUAGUUCGAGAGCUUCCACUAGCUGGUAUAUUUCCGUAUACAAUAAAACAUAGUUUGUACUAAAAGUA